CGCCCGUCAUAAGCCUCUCUCCCCUCGCCCCACAGCCGAAACCGAAGAACCCGAGAAGCGAAGGCGAGAGAAGGGGACAGCAGCGGGCGAGACAGAGAGAGGCGAGGAGACGACAGCACCGCCGCCAUGAGCGCCCUCAAGUUCUGCAGCAAAUGCGACAACAUGCUGUACCCGCAGGAGGACAAGGAGAUGCACAUCCUCCUCUACGCCUGCUCGAAUUGCCAGCACCAGGAGAUUGCUACUGAUUCUUGUGUGUACAAAAGGGUUCUUCGGAAAUCUGCUGAUGAACCUAAAGACACCCUAAAAGACGCAGCUGCUGAUGCGUCUCUGCCACGCACCAGAAGUGUUAAAUGCUACAACUGUGGCUAUCCAGAAGCUGCUUAUUUCCAGGCCCCGACGAAGGGAGAGGUUGGCCUGACGCUAUACUUCAUCUGCUGCAGCCCUACCUGUGGCCACAGGUGGAGGGACUGACUGACUGACAAGGGGGAACCCUCCACAGAAGGGAGUAUGUUCGUUUGACCUUGAAGAGUUCUUAGGAUGCGGUGGCUGUGCAUCUUCCCUGUUUCAUUACCUAGGCACUUAUCAGGUCUCAGAUUGAUUUUUGUCCUUGAUUUCUCCUGAUUCUCUGAUGAUAAUUUGCCUCAAGUCUUCCUGAUUCUUGCCACUGAAACUUGGCCGGCUCCGUGGAGUAGAUGCACAUGCCUGUAGUUUGUCAUUCAGAGUACUGGUUGGGAUGACUUUGCUGCUGUGCAACUCGAACGCAACGAGGACUUUUUAGUGAUGCAGUGCAUUGCAGCUUCCAUGUUUCAGUACCUAGGUACUGCCUUUGAGCGCUCAGGGUGAUUCUCUCCUUGAAUUCUCCUGAUUUGCUUCUUUCUGGCAAAACUUGAGUCUUUGUAAUGUCAUUCAUUGUUAUCAUUGAUCUGAAGUUUCUUAAUUGUUC